AAUGAUUUGACUUCAGACGGGUCCUAGAAGCAGCAGAACUGUCUUCUCCAAUAACAAGGAAGGCCUCGAGCCAUCAUGGCAGCAGGCGUAGCAGCAUGGCUGCCCUUUGCCAGGGCAGCCGCCAUCGGAUGGAUGCCAGUGGCCAACUGCCCCAUGCCGCUGGCCCCCACGGAUAAAAACAAGAGGCAGGACGAGCUGAUCAUCCUGAACGUGAGUGGGCGGCGCUUCCAGACCUGGAGGACUACACUGGAGAGAUACCCGGACACUCUCCUGGGCAGCACCGAGAAGGAGUUCUUCUUCAACGAAGACACUAAGGAAUAUUUUUUUGACCGGGACCCUGAAGUCUUUAGGUGCAUCUUAAAUUUUUACAGAACUGGCAAGCUGCACUACCCACGAUAUGAGUGCAUCUCUGCCUAUGACGAGGAGCUCGCCUUCUACGGGAUCCUACCUGAAAUCAUUGGGGACUGCUGCUAUGAAGAGUACAAGGACAGGAAGCGGGAAAAUGCUGAGCGGCUGAUGGAUGACAAUGACUCGGAGAACAACCAAGAAGGGUCCAUGCCAUCCCUGAACUUCCGGCAGACCAUGUGGCGAGCCUUCGAGAAUCCCCAUACCAGCACCUUAGCCUUAGUCUUUUACUACGUCACCGGCUUCUUUAUUGCCGUCUCUGUGAUCACGAAUGUGGUAGAAACCGUCCCCUGCGGCACGGUGCCGGGGAACAAGGAGCUUCCAUGCGGGGAGAGGUAUGCUGUGGCUUUCUUCUGCUUGGACACAGCUUGCGUUAUGAUAUUCACCGUUGAGUAUCUUUUGAGACUCUUCGCGGCCCCGAGUCGCUACAGGUUCAUCAGGAGCGUGAUGAGCAUCAUUGACGUGGUGGCCAUCAUGCCCUACUAUAUUGGCUUGGUGAUGACCGAUAACGAGGAUGUCAGCGGAGCCUUUGUGACACUACGGGUUUUCAGGGUUUUCAGGAUUUUCAAGUUCUCCCGCCAUUCACAAGGCUUACGAAUCUUGGGCUACACUCUGAAGAGCUGUGCCUCUGAACUUGGCUUUCUCCUCUUUUCCCUCACUAUGGCAAUCAUCAUCUUUGCUACAGUGAUGUUUUAUGCAGAGAAAGGAUCCUCAGCGAGCAAAUUCACCAGCAUCCCAGCUUCCUUUUGGUACACUAUUGUAACCAUGACAACUCUUGGUUAUGGUGACAUGGUGCCCAAGACCAUUGCUGGGAAGAUCUUUGGCUCUAUUUGCUCGCUGAGUGGGGUGCUGGUCAUUGCUCUGCCGGUUCCAGUUAUUGUUUCCAACUUCAGCCGCAUUUACCAUCAGAAUCAGAGAGCUGACAAACGAAGAGCACAAAAGAAAGCCCGGCUGGCGAGGAUCCGCGUGGCCAAGACGGGCAGCUCCAACGCGUACCUUCACAGCAAACGCAACGGCCUCCUGAACGAAGCCCUGGAGCUGACGGGAUCUACUGAUGAUGAGCAGCAUAUAAGCAAAUCCACCUCUCUGAUUGAAAGCCAACAUCACCACCUGCUGCACUGCCUGGAAAAAACAACUGGAUUGUCCUAUCUUGUGGAUGAUCCCCUGUUAUCUGUACGAACUUCCACCAUCAAGAACCACGAGUUCAUAGACGAGCAGCUGUUUGAGCAGAACUGCAUGGACAGCUCCAUGCAGAACUACCCGUCCACCCGCAGCCCCUCCUUGUCGAGUCAGCAGGGUCUGACCACGUCCUGCUGCUCGCGCCGCAACAAGAAGACCACGCACCUCCCCAACUCCAGCGUGCCGGCCACUCGCUUACGGAGCAUGCAAGAGCUCAGCACCAUCCACAUCCAGUGCAGCGAACAGCCAUCGCUUACAACCAGUCGUUCCAGUCUCAAUAUGAAAUCAGACGACGGGCUGAGACCGAACUGCAAAGCCUCCCAGAUCACGACAGCCAUCAUCAGUAUCCCCACCCCGCCAGCGCUGACGCCCGAAGGGGAGAGCAGGCCUCCGCCUGGCAGCCCCAGCCAUGCCACGAACAUUUCCACCGCAAGCAGCAACAUAGUCAAGGUCUCUGCCUUGUAAGACGGCGUCGCGCGAAGAAACUGGCUGGACCCCCGGCGUCCCUCCCCCUCCACAACUCCACGCUCCUUCCUUGCUGCAAUUUG